GACCGGGCCGCCCCCGCCGCGCCCGCCCGCCCUCCCGGGAUGCGGCGCUGAGGCCCAGCAUGGCAGGCCCGGGUCCCACCUUCCCGCUGCAUCGGCUCGUCUGGGCGAACCGACACCGAGAACUGGAGGCCGCGCUGCACAGCCGCCAGCACGACAUUGAACAGGAAGACCCCCGGGGGCGCACCCCGCUGGAGCUGGCUGUAUCCCUGGGGAACCUGGAGUCCGUGAGAGUCCUCCUUCGACACAAUGCCAACGUGGGCAAAGAGAGCUGUCAGGGCUGGGCAGUCCUGCAGGAGGCCGUCAGCACUGGGGACCCUGAGAUGGUGCAGCUGGUGCUCCAGUAUCGGGACUACCAGAGGGCCACGCAGAGGCUGGCCGGCAUUCCGGAACUGCUCAACAAACUCCGCCAGGUGCAGCAGGGCACGGAGGCCCCCGACUUCUACGUGGAGAUGAAGUGGGAGUUCAGCAGCUGGGUACCCCUGGUGUCCAAGAUGUGCCCGAGUGACGUGUACCGUGUUUGGAAGCGGGGUGAGAGCCUGCGGGUGGACACCAGCCUCCUGGGCUUCGAGCACAUGACUUGGCAGCGUGGCCGGAGGAGCUUCAUCUUCAAGGGCCAGGAGGCCGGAGCCUUGGUGAUGGAGGUCGACCACGACCGGCAGCUGGUGCACAUGGAGACGCUGGGGCUCACGCUGCGUGAGCCUGAAGCGCUGCUGGCCGCCAUGCGGCCCAGUGAGGAGCACGUGGCCAGUCGCCUCACCUCUCCCAUCGUCUCCACCCACCUGGACACUCGCAACGUGGCCUUCGAGAGGAACAAAUGUGGUAUCUGGGGCUGGCGGUCUGAGAAGAUGGAAACCGUUAGCGGCUACGAGGCCAAGGUGUACAGCGCCACCAACGUGGAGCUGGUGACACGCACACGCACGGAGCACCUCUCUGAUCAGGACAAGGCGAGGAUCAAAGGGGGAAAGACUCCAUUCCAGUCCUUCCUUGGCAUGGCCCAACAGCACUCCUCCCACAAUGGGGCUCCUGUGCAGCAAGCAGCCAGCCCCACAAACCCCACAGCCAUUUCCCCCGAUGAAUACUUUGACCCCAACUUCAGCCUGGAGUCGAGGAACAUCGGCCGCCCCAUUGAGAUGUCCAGCAAAGUACAGAGGUUCAAGGCGACACUGUGGCUGAGUGAGGAGCAUCCGCUGUCCCUGGGGGACCAGGUGACGCCCAUCAUCGACCUGAUGGCCAUCAGCAAUGCUCACUUUGCCAAGCUGCGUGACUUCAUCACCCUGCGCCUUCCGCCCGGCUUCCCGGUCAAGAUUGAGAUCCCCCUCUUCCACGUGCUCAACGCCCGCAUCACCUUCAGCAACCUGUGUGGCUGCGAUGAGCCCUUGAGCUCGGUGUGGGUGCCGGCGCCCGGCUCUGCUGUUGCAGCUUCAGGGAGCCCCUUCCCCUGUGAGGUGGACCCUGCCGUGUUCGAGGUGCCCGAGGGGUACAGCGUGCUGGGUGCAGAGCGCAGUGAGCCCCUGCGUGACGAGGAUGAUGACCUGCUGCAGUUUGCCAUCCAGCAGAGCCUGCUGGAGGCGGGCACGGAGGCGGAGCAGGUGACUGUCUGGGAAGCCCUGACCAACACCCGGCCUGGCGUCCACCAUGCCCAGGCCGCGGCCUACGAGGAGCAGCUUCAGCUGGAGCGGGCCCUCCAGGAAAGCCUGCGGAUGUCCACAGAGCCCGGGGGUCCGGGCUCCCUGCACCAGAUGCCCCCAUCCCCGGCCCCCCCCAGCUUCGAGGAGCAGCUUCGCCUGGCCCUGGAGCUGUCCUCGCGGGAGCAGGAGGAGCAGGAGCGCCGGGGGCAGCAGGAGGAGGAAGAUCUACAGCGGAUCCUGCAGCUCUCGCUCACCGAGCACUGAGCCCCGCCCUCGGGAGGGCGUCCGGGCUGCUCACCCACCCACUUUUCUUUAAAUGAGACCCCCUCCAACACUCAGGGCUGCUGGGAGGGUAAGAUGAGCCGACAGGAGUCAAAUGCCCUCACGGGGUAGGAGCUCUGUGAACGUCAGUUCCCCUGAGGCUCAUCGCACCUUCUGGAGACCCGGAAUUUCCCGGAAUUCCCCGGAAUCGGGAAGGGCAGAGGCUGGUUCUCCAGGUGGCUCGGAGGCGGUGCCGCCGCAGACCAGACCUGGGUUCCUGCCCCUACCUACCUGGCAGGUUCGACUGCAGUGACAGACAAGUCACUUCCCUCUGCCGCGGCUCUGAACCUGCUCAGCCCCGCCCAGCUUACCUCCAAGGUGGCCCCGAGGACCCCUUGUGAGCCUGUGGGUUUGUUCUAAAUCCAGUCUGACACCCCUCAAGCCGAAUGGAAGUGCCAGGAACAACCAGCCAAAAGAAAUAAGUCUGGGGUUCCUCCACUUAAGACCCACCGUGUCUGGUCCUCUCCAAGACCUGGGUCCUCAGCCCUGCCUCCCUGGGCUCCACCUCUGCGGGGUAACAGAAUGGUUGAGGCCCAGAGUACAGUUCAGGUGACCCAGCCGGGCGGAGCCGGGGACUGGGGCUGGGGCGCCUCCUGGGAGGAGGGACCGAACCCUGGAGCUCUGCGUAGGCUGCCUUUUCCCGCCGCGGAGGCCCGGC